GCUCAUCAUCGGUCUGUGUCAUCACCAGCUCCGCGUCUGAGCCCCUGUGCAGCACAAAACACAGCUUAAUAUUGAUAUUGACAUCGAUAUAGCUCGUGCGCAUCCGAAUCUUGCAGUCUCACGACCAGCUCAACAAAAACACGAUGCCUCGAGUAACCAAUGCCAUCCUUGCUGCCGCGCUGACGACCGGCGCGGCAUUAGUCGCACCGCGACUGCGGGUGAAAGCACCGACAGCAUUGGCGGCGCGCGGUCGCUUGUUAGACGAGCUCGCCGACCUCGACGGCGAGGCGCCCGUCGCCGUCGAGGAGACUGCGCCCGUGGCCGCCCCGGUCGCGGAAAAGGCCGUCCUCGAGCCCGAAACAUUGUUCUUCGAGGGCCCGCCCUCCAAAACGGAGCUCAUCGUGCCGGGCCUGUCCGUGCUCACGGUCAUCGGCAUCGUGCCGUUCGCCGCGGCCGCGGCGCGCCAGGCCUGGGUCAAGUACAAGAUCACUUCUAGAAGAAUCAGCGUCCAGUCCGGCGUCGGCGGCCAGGACUUCACGGAGAUUGUUUAUAGCGACAUCGCGGGUAUGAAGUUCGUCUACAGAGGGUCGAAGGACGUCGGCGACCUCGUCAUCUCGUUGCGCGACGGCGCGAAGCUCGAGAUGCGCUUCGUGCCGCAGUUCCAGGAGAUCUACCGCUACAUCUAUGAGAGGUGCUCGCCGGCGGCGCAGGCCGAGUCGUCGCCGAUGGCCGACGACGAGUAAAUGUGUUGCUAG